AUCAGCCGAUUAGUCAGAUAAAUCCGCAAUUCACUCUACGUGAGACGCUAGUUGUGGUCGGUUUAUUUCAAAUUUUAUUUUGCAAUCAUGAAAUUGGUUAUCUUACUGGUGUCGACAAUUUGCAUUGGUUUUGGUCCCAGUUCGGGUCAAAAUCUUCAAGCGCAUCCCUUUCUCACUGUUACAUCGACUCGGUUUGGUCCGUUCAUAGAAGGAGCCAGUGUAAAUCGGGCUGGUCAUAUGUUUGCAACAAAUUAUGGCAAUGCGAAUACUUUGAAUCAACUUGGACAGUUCUUCCCUAGCCAACAAUUUGUUUUUGCGGACCCUCAAGCAAACACAUAUUACAAUGGUAUUCGUUUCUUCAACGAUCGAGAAGCUUUCGCUACUGACAUGGCCAAUCAUCGAGUCGUCAGACUAACUUUAGAGACUAUUGCAAAUAUUACAACCGUCACUGGGUCCUCAACAUUCUGCCAAAAUUCAAACAUGCUGCAACCGAACGAUCUGGCUAUUUCAAGGUCAGGCAUUAUAUUUUUGUCCGGAAUGAAUUGGUCUGAUAACACAGUUGAUACGGAUGGAGACAUUUGGUCGUGUACGCCACAAGGAACCGCACUUCUGCUAGAUCGGUUAGGUCGAACCAACGGCAUUGAACUGUCCGUUGAUGAGAGGCAUCUGUACGUCUCUGAAUCAUACAAUAGGGGCGGUACACCAUACAUUCAAAGAAUUUGGGUCUAUGACGUUAAUAAUCAAUUUAUUAGCAACAAACAACUGUUUGCCGACUUUGCCAACAUUGACAACUCAGUUUCGGUGGACAUUGACGGAAUGAGAACCGACAUGUUGAAUAAUUUGUAUGUUACGCGGAAUGGAGGUCGAGCUGUGAUAAUUUUUAAUCGAAGUGGAACAGUCAUCGGUACAAUCGGAUUGAACUUUGCACGACCAACAAAUCUUGAAUUUGGUGGUCCAUAUGGAACGACUUUGUUUAUCGUUGGGUCGUGUGAACAAGAUUGGCCUGGAAUUUUAGGAUGUGUUGAUCAGAUUCAAAUGACAACACCCGGAAGAGCAUGGUACAAUUUGCAGGGCUGACAUAAAUAUUUAUGUGUUGAUAAGCAAGCGAUAAUAAAAAUGUGAAAUUUCGUCAUCACAAAUCCACAAUC